AUUAAAAAGAUUUCAACAAUUUUCCACUUCAUAGUGUCACAAAAUUAUCAACACUGUUGGCAACAUCCAGUUACGACCAGGCAAAAUGGCGUCGAUGCUGAAGUUGUCCAAAGCAGUCGCCAAUUUAGGCAAAAAUUCCAAUGCUCUGCAGGUACUGAGACAUGCCUCGGCGAAAGCUGAGCUGCAGCAGGUGCAGGUCAACGUGCCCCCAACCAAAGUGACCACCCUUAAAUCAGGCAUUCGUGUAGCUACAGAAGACUGGGGCAGCCAAACCGCCACCGUGGGCAUCUGGAUCGACGCCGGCAGCCGUUACGAGAACGCCAAAAACAAUGGAGUCGCCCACUUCAUGGAACACAUGGCCUUCAAAGGUACAGGAAAGAGGACACAGAGCCAAUUGGAAAUUGAAAUUGAAGACUUGGGAGCGCAACUCAACGCGUACACCAGUCGGGAACAGACUGUUUACUAUUCCAAGUGUUUAAGCAAGGAUGUGCCGAAAGCUAUUGAAAUCUUAUCCGACAUUGUACAGAACGCCAAGUUGGGCGAAGCCGAAAUCGAACGUGAACGUAGCGUUAUCCUCAGGGAGAUGCAGGAGGUCGAGUCUAACUUGCAGGAAGUUGUGUUUGAUCACUUGCACGCCAUCGCCUAUCAGGGCACCCCAUUGGCCAACACCAUCUUGGGCCCCACUGCCAACAUCAAGUCAAUCAACGCCACCGACUUGAGGAACUACUUGGACAACCACUACAAGGCGUCCAGGGUUGUGGUGGCCGGCGCCGGCGGCGUCAACCACGAGGAACUCGUCAAAUUGGCCGAAAGCAACUUGAGCAAACUCAACAACAACUACUCCGGAGAGGUCCCGACCUUGACGCCCUGCCGUUACACCGGAGCCGAGAUCCGCGUCCGCGACGACUCCCUUCCUCUAGCCCACAUCGCCAUCGCCGUCGAAGGUGCCGGCUGGUCCGACCCCGACACCCUGACCCUGAUGGUCGCCUCCACCCUGCUGGGCGCCUGGGACAGGAGCCAGGCCUCCGCCAAGCAGAACGCCACCAAUUUGGCACGUGCCAGCGGCGAAGGUGACCUCUGCCACUCGUAUCAGAGUUUCAACACUUGCUACAAGGACACCGGACUGUGGGGCUUGUACUUCGUGUCUGACCCUCUUAAGAUCGAAGACAUGGUUUACAACAUCACCGAGGAGUUGAUGAGGCUUUGCACCAGCGUUACCGAGGGCGAAGUCGAGCGUGCCAAGGCCCUCUUGACCGCCAACACUUUGUUGCAACUCGACACCUCCACCGCCGUCUGCGAAGAUAUCGGUCGCCAACUGUUGUGCUACGGCAGAAGACUGCCCCCUAAUGAAUUGGCCCACCGUAUUAACAGCAUUACUGCCCAAAACGUCAGGGAUGUUUGCUACAAAUACAUCUACGACAGGUGCCCCGCUAUCGCAGCAGUCGGACCUGUUGAACAGCUGCCCGACUACACCAGGAUUCGUGCCUCCAUGUACUGGUUGCGCGUCUAAGUCGACGUUCCAUUUUGUCAACUUAAAUAAUAAAUUAUUCGUUGUAAUUUAGUUUUCAUUCAUGGAUUAAUAGUGAAAUGAUUUCUUGCUUUACCAACAUCUGUAAAUAUACUGUUUAAUUUUUAUUAUGAUUAAUAAAUAACUUGGUUUUUACAAA